CAUUUAAAAUAGCGUCUGAGAUACCCAGUUUAUUCUUCUCCAAAGAUGUCAUCGCUUUGGGUCUGGCCGCGUCUGUUAUUAUUUUUUCCCCUCAUCUUGGCAGGGUUCCCAGUGGCGAGGGAAAGAACUUGGAAGCCGAUCUCUGCACGCUGGGCUCCGGUGUAUUUACUGCUCACUUCCUGAACUCGCUCUCAGAAGUUUGAAAAAUCCAGGCAGGCAAGCUGCGGGAAAGUGUCCUUUUUCAGCCUGAGCACAGACAGACACUGCGCUGCAAAAAGCAGGGAGCGUUUAAGGGGAAAAAACAGAAGCUGACUGGACGAUCGUCGUUGUACUGUGUAGCUGCUGCCGCUCCAGAAAAAACACAGAAGAAAAGGAGGGAGAACGCUAUGAGGCCCAUUGGAUUUUGAUUAUCACGUGCAGAAGACGUUGCCUCACCAGCCCUGCAUUACGGUGUGUGCGUGCGUGCGUGCGUGCGUGUGUGUGGGUGUGUGUGUGUGUGCGUGUGUGUGUGCAGACAGCACGAUUGCAGCGAAGGAAGGGCCUGCCCGCCGCGAUGGAACAGAAGAGAACGCCAUCGUCUCUGUGAGCAGAGGUCAGGGGUGGAAGACAUGUUGGGACAGAGAGCCUCGGCCUGGGACAGCACUGAUGCUAGCAUUAGUAACCAUGGAAACGGUUUGGAGGACUGUAGCGUGCUUUGUGAUCGUCGCCAUGGUUGCCACGGAAGUCACAGGAAGUCAGACUACUGAAAGGUUUAAGUCACAAGCUGAGUUCCUCUCCAGCCUGGAUCACUAUGAGAUCGCUAUCCCGGUGCGGGUGGGCCCACGGGGGGAGGUCCUGAGCGGAUUGGGGCGGCGGCGGGCGCGCCGCGGUCUGGAGGCCGAGCCGAUGGAGAGGCAGCUGUUCUACAGCGUUGCAGCACCCCGCACAAACUUCCUGCUGAACCUCACGCUGCACUCCGGCCUGCUCUCGGACCGAUUCCGCGUGGAGUACUGGAAGAGGGGCCGGCUGGCCUGGAGCCACCGCUACUCCCCCCACUGCCACUACGUGGGACACAUCCUCCAGCAGCGCUCCAGCAGCAAGGUGGCCCUCAGCAACUGCAACGGGCUGCAGGGGGUGAUAGUGGCAGGGGAGGAGGAGUACUUUAUCGAACCCUUGACCUCAACAGAAAACAUCACCAGCUUCCAGGAGAGAGAAGGACGCCCCCAUGUGGUCUACAAGCGAUCGUCUCUGCGACACCAGCACAUGGACCCGUCCUGUGGAGUUAUAGAUGAGAAGCCGGGCAAAGGGCGACCCUGGUGGCUGCGGAACCUAAAAACCUCACCCCUGAGCCCCUUGACCAAUCAGAUGCCACGGGGCCAGCUGCCGCUCAAGCGCUCGGUCAGCACAGAGCGCUACGUGGAGACCCUGGUGGUGGCAGACAAGAUGAUGGUGGGCUACCACGGACGCAGAGACAUCGAGCAGUACAUCCUCGCAGUCAUGAAUAUUGUUGCCAAACUGUUCCAGGAUUCGAGCCUGGGGAAUGCAGUGAACAUCGUGGUGACCAGACUCAUCCUGCUGACAGAGGACCAGCCCACGUUAGAAAUCAACCACCAUGCAGGCAAAUCCCUGGACAGCUUCUGCAAGUGGCAGAAAUCCAUUCUGAACCGCAAUGGCAACGGCAACGCCAUUCCUGAUAAUGGGAUUGCGCACCACGACACUGCAGUGCUCAUCACCAGGUAUGACAUUUGCAUCUACAAGAACAAGCCCUGUGGAACUCUAGGCCUGGCCCCAGUAGGGGGGAUGUGUGAGCCGGAGCGGAGCUGCAGCAUUAACGAGGACAUCGGGCUGGCCACUGCUUUCACCAUCGCACACGAGAUCGGACACACGUUUGGGAUGAACCACGACAGCGUGGGCAAUGCCUGCGGCUCGCGGGGCCAGGAGACUGCCAAGCUGAUGGCUGCUCACAUCACUAUGAAGACCAACCCCUUUGUGUGGUCUACCUGCAGUCGCGACUACAUCACCAACUUCCUGGACUCGGGAAUGGGGAUCUGCCUGAACAACGCGCCCCCCAGGCAGGAGUUCGUCUACCCGACCUCGGCUCCCGGCCAGGCCUACGACGCGGACGAGCAGUGCCGCUUCCAGUACGGGGUGAAGUCUCGCCAGUGUAAAUACGGGGAAGUGUGCAGUGAGCUGUGGUGCAUCAGCAAGAGCAACCGCUGCAUCACCAGCAGCAUCCCUGCCGCGGAAGGAACCAUCUGCCAGACUAACACCAUAGACAAGGGGUGGUGCUACAAGAGGGAGUGUGUCCCCUUCGGAACCCGCCCAGAGGGCAUCAACGGGGGGUGGGGCCUUUGGUCGCCAUGGGGAGAGUGCAGCCGCACAUGUGGGGGCGGAGUCUCAUCUUCAGUCCGUCACUGCGACAGCCCCAGGCCAACCAUAGGUGGAAAGUACUGUCUGGGAGAAAGGAAGCGCUUCAGAUCCUGUAAUAUUGACGAAUGCCCAGCUGGCUCUCAGGAUUUUCGGGGACUGCAGUGUGCCGACUUUGACAGUGUGCCGUUCCGAGGAAAGUAUUACACCUGGAAACCCUACAGAGGAGGGGGGGUGAAGUCCUGCUCUCUCAACUGCCUGGCCGAAGGAUUCAACUUCUACACUGAGCGCGCUCCGGCCGUGGUGGACGGCACGCCCUGCCGCGAUGACUCACAGGACAUCUGCGUCAACGGGGAAUGCAAGCACGUGGGGUGCGACCGCAUCUUGGGCUCGGACACGCGGGAAGACCGCUGCAGGGUGUGCGGGGGCGACGGCGGGACCUGUGAGGUCAUCGAGGGGGUCUUCAACGACUCGCUGCCUGAAGGAGGUUAUGAAGAGGUUGUUCAGAUUCCAAAGGGAUCCGUACACAUCAGUAUACAGGAACUUAACGUUUCCCUCAACUAUCUGGUGCUAAAAGACGAGGGGGAUCAGUACUUCAUCAAUGGGAAGCUGACCAUCGACACCCCCAGGCGUUUCGACAUUGCUGGAACCAUCUUCCACUAUCGCAGGCCUGUGGAUGAACCAGAGACCCUGGAGGCGCUAGGCCCCACCAACAUUUCCAUCGUCGUUAUGGUACUAGUCCGAGAAGAGAACCAGGGCAUUCGUUACCGGUUCAACCCUCCGUUCUCCCGGGAAACUCUGACCGGCUCCGCCUGGCACUACACUGCCUGGUCCCGCUGCUCUGCCAUCUGUGCUGGAGGGAUCCAGACCCAGCAGGUGUUUUGCAAGAAGCAGGGGGAUCAUUCUGUGGUGCUUAACCAUUACUGUGAGCAGAAGAGCAAGCCAAAGGAGAAGAAGAGAGCCUGCAACUCUGAGCCCUGUCCACCGGCCUGGACUCUGGGGAGCUGGUCUGAGUGCAGUCGGAGCUGUAACAGCGGGGUGCGGACGCGCGAAGUGCUCUGCAAGAGCAAGAUCUCUCCCACGGAAGAGAAGACCCUCGAUGAUGGAGCCUGUCUCUCACCCAGACCCCCUCUCACUGAGCCCUGCAACAACCAGACUUGCCCUCCUGAGUGGGCGGCCCUCGAUUGGUCCGAGUGUACCCCGAGCUGUGGGCCGGGAUUUCGUCACCGGAUUAUCCUGUGUAAGAGUGGGGACCACAGCAUCACCCUGCCAGCCACUCGCUGCCCCGAUGAGGACAAGCCUUCCACCAGCAUGAGGUGCAACCUGCAACGCUGCCCACCUCCGCACUGGGCCGUGGGGGAGUGGGGAGAGUGCUCAGCCAAGUGUGGUCUGGGCCAACAGAUGCGGUCAGUCCAGUGCUUGACCUACACCGGUCAGCCGUCCAGCGAGUGUCCUGAGGCUCUGCAGCCAGCAGGCAUGCAGCAGUGUGAGAGCCAGUGUAACCCUGGCCCCACGGAUAAUCCCGAAGAAUGCAAAGAUGUGAACACGGUGGCCUACUGCCCUCUGGUGCUAAAGUUUCGCUUCUGCAGCCGCCCCUACUUCAGGCAGAUGUGCUGCAAGACCUGUCAAGGACAUUGACCUUCCAACCCCAUUCCGGAGCACUGCAGAGCCCUCGACACAAGACCACUCGACUCAGGCAUUCCGUGAGGGCAGCCAGCCAGCCACAGCCCCCUCGCUCGGCUGUCUCAGUGUGGCAGGGGGAGAUUGAGAGGAAGGGGGGGGUCCUACCCUAAUGAGAAGUGCACUUUACUGGUGUCUUCCUUCAAUGCCUAGGGAGAACUUCGAGCACAGUUGCUUUUCAUACCCGUUUUAUUAUGUGCAAAAAUGAAAAUCAAUACUGAAGCAUUGGUCUAUAUAAGUCAAAAAGUGUCUCCAAAGUGAAUUAUAUUUAGCACCCACUUCUCUGACUUAAGUGGGAAGGGAAGAAGUGUGUUUUGAACUUGGAUGCAAUCCUUUUAAAGGGAAUGUGCAAUUCUCAUUUUCUGCCCACUUGUAUUGUGUUGUAAGUGCAGGCAGACGGAUUGUAAAACUACAACGGAUUCUGUAACCAGUUACACUGUACUAGGAUGGCCGCAAAUUCUUAUGAACAUUACACUGAUGCUAAUGAUAUUUCAUUGGGAUGCAUUAAUUAGGAAAUUCACUACAGUAGAAACAUAAGCUAUUCAGAUGUUUACAUGAGAUUUCAUUUUAUAGGAUAUGAAAUAGUGGACAGUUUGUAUAAAGUGUUACAGUACUGAUCAGAACACAUGCUGUGACCAUGCUGACUGCCAUACUCCCAUGACUCUGUGACCUGAUCCAUUGGUGCCUACUUCUGUAAAGAUCCAUUAUGCAGAAUGCAGACUAAUAAAACAAUUCAGUGUUCAUUAUCGCAGAUGUGAGGUGACGUAUUCAGUUUGUUUAGCCACAUUUUUACACGGAAAAAGGAACAACUAUUAUUAUUUCUUCUUAAUAAAAAUCGUCAGAGGCUUAAACUACCCCUUCAUUUAUAACUACAAAACACACAAUGGUGGUAAAUUUAGAAAUACUAAAAGAAACUUUGUAAAAUUCAGUGACAAACGUUGUAGGUACUUUCCCAGUGCCUUCAUUUUUUAAACGUCCAUGCUGCUGCCACAGCUGUACUUUUGCAUUUCAAAUCUCCACAGCUCUGGGGUUUUUGCUCAAAUCAUCCAGUUCACUCUUCGUUUAAGUAGUCUCAGUGUGACACUGUGCCUCAUCUGUGCUUU